CGCAAUGUGGGGAAGCCGCAAGCUGAUCUCCUCCGGGAGUCGUUUUUUAGGAGUGCGAAGGUCUGGGUGCCGGGUCGCACAGGGAGACUGUCCGCGCUCCACCGCGUCGGCAGGCUAAUUCAGGAGACAGUAUGGGCAAAUACGAUCGAGAAAAUAACGCACUGAACCUGACACGACAGUUUGAUGACUUCACUCCCAACAUUAACCAGAAAGAUAAGUUCAUCCUUUAUGUGAAACUCACUUAACGAAUGCUGUAUGUCAGGCCCUGGGAAUUUUUAAAUCAAUGACGCCUCAAAGGUCUUUUUCAGGGCCGGCCGCUGGCCGAGUGGUUGAGUUCGCACACUCCCCUUGGGGGCCGGGAUUUCGCGGGUUGGGAUCCUCGGCGGGGACGUGGCGCCGCUCGUGAGGCGGUGCUGAGGGGGCGUCCACACAGCAGAACCAGACGGACCUGCGUCUGGAAUAUACAACCAUGUACUGGGCGGCUUUGGGGAGGAGGAGGAGAAGAAGAAAAAAGAUUGGCAGCUGUUGUUAGCUCAGGUGCCAGUGUUAGGAUAGAACUAUGAUCAAGAUAUAAUAAGCAAAAAAAAAAAAAAGAGGAAAACUUAAAGGCCCACCUAUAGAGGUGAUAAGCUUGGUACUCUUUUACUGUGCAGCCAAUAAAAAUUAUUUCAAUCAACAUGUGUCCACAUGGAAAAAUUAUUAGGAUAUAGUGUAAGGAAAGUACGUUACAAAUCAGUAUGUGUUAUGAACUAAAAGGUAUAGAUAUGGAUGGAGAUAUAGAGAAUAAAGAUGCAUCAAAAUUUUAGCAGUGAAUAUGUGAUGGAGUAGGCGAUCUGUCAUUUAAUCAUUCUCGGAAUUUUUUUUCAGUAAACAUGUCUUUUAGAAUCAGAAAUUUAGGAAAAAUACAAUGUGAAUAUUUGCACAUUUGGGGACUGAACAUAGAAGGAGCACCUAAUACAUAUUUGAGAUCAGGGAAAUUUCUUAAACAAGGUGUCUUGAAGGCGUUGGCCAGUUUUAGCAGCUGUCGGAGUGGCCGGGGGACAAGCUUGACUAUCUGUGAUGAGGUUUCUUUCUGGGAAAUUGCACAGCGUUCCUUGAAAAGUAGGGUGUGCGUAGAGAGCUGGAGAUGAGGGCGGGUGGUGGCAGGGAAUGAGACAGGAGACAUUUUAGGCCAUUACAAGUCCACAAAAGGCCACAUACACCUCCUGAGAUUGACUUUAUCUUGAGGGUAGUGGGAAAUUCUGAAGGAGCAACAUAAUCAGACUGGUGUUUAAGAAGUAAUACUUGGCAGCUGUGUAGAAAGUGGGACGGAAGCAGGCACAACUAUGCUCAGGGAGGGUAGAGUAAUCCAGACAGUCAGUGAUUGCUGGGACUCAGGUGUGGGCAGGGCAGAGGGCCUGUUCACCGUCAGCCUGGUACUUGAUAGGUACUGGAUAAAUGACUUUUGAACAAAUAAGGUGAAAUUUCCCCCAUUCCUUUGAAAUCUCAAAUACUGGAAUGAUCACAGAUCCAAGGUAGAGAAGGAACUAGUAAGAUCCUAUUUAUUAAUACAAACUCAGUUAGUUUCUCUCAGUUGUAAUGAAGUGAUUUUUAAAGCUCUUGAGAAUUCUGGCAAUACUAAUGACUAGUGGACUAAUUUUCCAGAAACAGGAGCAGUCAGAGGGCGAUAGUGGUCAUCACUGAGUAGGGAGCAGGGACUGUGUUAAAAUCUGAGGCUCAGUUUCAUAAUAAUACCUUAUAUAUCCUUAGCUAUGUAUCACAGUUUACAUAAUUCUCUAAUAUAUAUAAUUUACCUACCUAAAGUCAUAAAGGAGGUGAUAUUUGAACUGGGUCUUAAAAGGUAGUACAGAUAGAAAUGGUGGAAGAGAGAAUAACAUGAGCAAAAGCCUAGAAGCACAAACUUUUUUCUUUUGAGAACUUUGAAAUGGAUUUGGGGCAGACUGGGAAGAACCUAUUAAAAAGUAAAACAAAAUUUUAAAAAGCAAAAAGCUUGGGAGACAAAUGUUCAGAGACUAUGACAAGACAAGGCAUGAAAUAUGAAUGACUUAGUCCAUUUGAACUACUAUGUAACAAAAUACCACAGACUGGGUGGCUUAUAAACAACAGAAAUUUAUUUCUCCCAGGUCUAGAAAUUGGGAAGUCCAAGAUUCUGUGUCUGGUGAGAGCCCACUUCCGGGUUCGUAGAUGGAACUUUGUUGCUGUGCCCUCACAUGGUAGAAGGGGUGAGCUAGCUCUUUGAUGUCUCUUUUAUAAGGGCACUAAACCCAAACAUGAGGGCUCCACCUUCAUAACCUAGUCACUUCCCAAAGGCCCCACCUCCUAAUAGCAUCACCUUGGGAUUUAGGAUUUUAACAUGAAUUUGAGGGGGGACACAAAUAUUCAGACCAUAGCACCAUUAAAUUUAAGAAAGGACACUUAACCUCACUCAUGAUAAAUUAAAAUUAUAGAGAUACCAUUUGAUAUCACUUGUACCUUUUGGACUAGCAAAGAUAAAAAUGUUUGAAAAUACAUCGCAUCGGUGACUAUCAAUGUAUUAUCAGUGUGGGGAAACCAGCACUAGAAACUAUUGUAAUUUCCCAAGGAAUUGCAAAUUAGUUCAAAAUCCAUGAGUGGCGAUGACAAAUUUAUAAGUGCACGUGUCCGUUGGCAUGACAGUUCUUGGGAUUUUACCUCAGGUGCUCUCAAAGGUGUAUGAAAUUACCUAUGUAAUUCAAUGUUGUGUGUUUGGAAUAGCAAAAAAUUAGAAAUAAAUGUCCACUAAUAGGAGACUGCUUAAAUAACUUAUGAGAUAGCCAUACAAUGGAUUAUCAUGCAACCCUAAAAGAAAAGUAAGUUCUUUAUACUCUGUUAUGAAAAAAUCUCCAAGACACCUUGAUGGGUGGAAAAAGCAAAGUAUGGAAGAAUGUAUAUAUUGUAAUACAUUUUGUAUAAAAUAAGAGAAAUUGAUACCCCAAAAUGAUGUAUGUAUAAAAUAUCUCUCUAGCAGCUUACAUACCAAUCUAGUAACAAUAGUUGCCUCCAGUGAGGGAAACAAGAUAGCUGGAGUCAGGGGUAGGAGAGGUACUUUCUAGUGCUUUAAAAAACUCUUAUUUUGAAAUAAUUUAAGACUCACAAGAAGUUGUAAAGAUAGUACAGAGAAUUUCCAUAUGCCCUGCACCCAACUCAGUGAUAUCUUGCCUAACCAUAAUACUUUGUAAAAGCCAGGAAACUGACGUUUGUAUUAUACUGUUAACUAAACUAGGGAGCUUAUUUGGAUUUCACCCCGUUUGCAUGCACACGUGUUGUGUGUGUAUGUUACCACAUGUAGAGAUUUGUGUAAUAACCAUCACAAUCAAGAUGUGGAACUGUUCCAUGAUCGUAAAGAAAUUUCCUGAUACUAUUCCUUUAUACUCAGACCCUACCCCCAACCUUGGCAAUCACUGGAUCUGUUCUCCAUUACUAUAGUUUUGCCAUUUCAAGAGUGUUAAUUAAAUGGAAUUGUAUGAACCUUUUGAAUUUUUUUUCCCCACUCAUCAUAAAUACCCUUGAAAUUCAUCCAAAUUGUUGCAUAUAUCCAUAGUUCAUUCCUUUUGAAUGAGUAUUUCAGCAGUAUUUCAUGAUAUAGAUAUACCACAGUUUGCUUAACCAUUCGCCUAUUGUAGGAUAUUUUGGUUGUUUCCAGUUUUUAGCUAUUAUGAAUAAAGCUGCUAUGAACAUUUAUAUGCAGGUUUUAGUGUGGACAUAAGUUUUCAUUUCUCUGGGAUAAGUGCCCAGGAAUGUAAUUGCUGGGUUGUAUGAUAAGUAUAUGUGUACCUUUAUUGGAAACUGAUAAACUGCUUUCCAUAGUAUCUGUGCCAUUUUACAUUCCCACUAGCAAUAUGUAAGAGAUUUGGUUGCUUCAUAUCCUGGUCCACACUUGGUAAUGUUAGGAUGGUUAAAUUUUGGCCAGUUUGAUAGAUAUGUAGUGGCUUUUAUUUGCAUUUCUCUAAUGGCUAUUGAUAUUUAACAUCUCGCAUGCUUAUUUACGUCUGUAUAUCCUCUUUGAUGAAAUGUCUGUUCAUGUCUUUUUAUAUCCAUUUUAUAAUACCCACACUCAUUUUAUAAUUGGAUUAGGAUUGCUUGUUUUUUGUGUGUGGGAGUUGAUGUUUUGUUUGUUUUUUACUGUUGAGUUUAAAGAAUAUCCUUAUAUAUAUUCCAGUUAUAAGUUCUCUGUGGGAUAUAUGUUUUGCAAAUAUUUCCUCCCAGUCUGUGACUUGUCUUUUCUUUUUCUUAACAGGAUCUUCUGCAGAGCAAAAAUUUUUAAUUUUGAUUAAGUCCAAUGUAAUCAUUAUUUCCUUUUAUGGAUUGUGCUUUUGGUGUCCGAUGUAAGAACUCUGUGCCUAACUAUAAGUCGUGAAGAUCAUCUCCUAUGUUUUCUUCUAAAAGUUUUAUAGUUUUGCAUUUAAAUCAGUGGUCCAUUUUGAGUUCAUUUUUGUGUAAGUUAUCAGAUUUAGAUCGAAGUUUUCUUUGUUAUCUGUGACAUCCAGUUGUUUCAACACCAUUUAUUGAAAAGACUGUUCUUCCGACAUUGAACUGCUUUGCACCAUUGUCAAAAAAUCAGUUGGGUGAACUGUUUUUUUAAUCUCUAGACUCUCUUCUGUUGUGUUGAUAUUUGUAUCUGUCCCUCUUCCAAUACCACACUGUCUUGAUUACUAUAGCUCUAUGGUAAGUCUUAAAAUUAGCUAUUGUGAUUCCUGUAACUUUAUUCUUCUUUUUCAAUAUUGUUUUAGCUAUUCUAUUUCUUUUGCCUUUUCAUAUAAAUUUUGGAAUCAGCUCAUCUGUAUCUACAAGAAAAAGCUAUUGGGAUUUUGCUAGAAAUUGUAUUAAACUUAUAGAUCAAUUUGGGGAGAAUUGAUGUUGAGUCUUCCAAUCCAUUAAUACGGUAUGUCUCACCAUUUAUUAGGCUGCCUUUCAUUUCUUGUAUCAGUGUUUUAUACAAAUUUUUAACAUACAGGCACUGUACAUGUUUUGUUAGAUUUACUCAACACUGAAAGUAUUUCAUUCUUUUUUAGACUGAUUUUGCAUGAUAUAUAUAGCAUUUUAAAUUGUGCCUUCCAAUUUUUCAUUGUUUGUAUGUAGGAACAAUUGACUUUUGUGUGUGUUGACCUUAUAAUCUGUGACCUUGCUUAACUCAUUUAUUAGUUCCAGGGGCUUUUUUUUUUAAGAUUCCUUGGAAUUUUCUGCAUAGACAAUCAUGUCAUCUGCAAAGAAGGACAGUUUAAUUUCUUCCUUUCCAUUGUUUAUUCAGAGAACCAGCUCAGUUGGACUCUACCAAUUAAACCGUGGAUUUUCAGUGAAUAUAGAAUCAUGUGGUUUAAAUCCUGUAAAAUGACUUUUGUCUGUUUUAAUAGAAUGAAAAGUUACAGGUACCCUUGGACAAGACUGUACAGCACUUCUGGAACCACUGUAGACAGCAGUGAGGUGAAAACCUUCCUGGCCCUGGCUCACAGGUGGUGGGAUGAGCAAGGAGUGUAUGCGCCUCUUCAUUCUAUGAACGACCUGAGGGUGCCAUUCAUUAGAGACAAUCUUUUGAAAACAGUUGCUAAUCACCAGCCAGGAAAACCUUUGUCUGGGAUGAAGAUUCUUGAUGUUGGCUGUGGUGGUGGAUUGUUAACUGAACCUCUAGGGCGGCUUGGGGCUUCAGUUAUUGGAAUUGAUCCUGUGGCUGAGAACAUUGAAACAGCACAGCGCCAUAAAUCAUUUGAUCCGGUUCUGGAUAAGAGGAUAGAGUACAGAGCCUGUGCCCUGGAAGAGAUUGUGGAAGAAACUGCAGAAACGUUUGAUGCUGUCAUAGCUUCUGAAGUUGUAGAGCAUGUGACUGAUCUAGAAACAUUUAUACAGUGCUGCUGGCAAGUGUUGAAACCCGGUGCUUCUUUAUUCAUUACUACAAUCAACAAGACACAGCUGUCCUAUGCCUUGGGAAUUGUUUUUGCAGAGCAAAUUGCAGGUAUUGUACCAAAAGGUACUCAUACAUGGGAGAAGUUUGUUUCACCGGAAAUGCUCGAGAGCAUUCUGGAAUCAAAUGGUCUGUCUGUUCAAACGGUGGCAGGAAUGUUCUACAACCCCUUCUCCCGGUACUGGCAUUGGAGUGAGAACACCAGCCUUAACUAUGCAGCUCAUGCUGUGAAAUCCGGGGCUCAGGAACACCAGGUGCCUGCGGAGUCUGUUCUAAAGGAGGAAACCGAAGAGCUCCAAGCUACAGCCUCCACCAACGCAGGUGUGCGCGAAGAGGUGAAGAAAUGAAUUGUUUCUAAGGACUGUAGUAAUAUGACUUGAAUGUCUGAUGUUUACAAAUAUGAAAAAUAGGUAAUUUAUCUUUUGAGAGAGGAUCAUGAAGAAAAGAAAGUCAAUAAAAAGAGCUAAAACCUUG